CUAAUAUGUUGGACAAGUUUUCUGUUGCCGUCGCUUUGGUCGCGACGUUUGUGGCAUCCCGCUUCUUCAACUACUUCAAGGCCAAGAGGGACCUGGGACACCUCCCCGGUCUCCGAUCCUUGGUUACUCCCAUCUCGCCAUUCGGUGCAGCUAUACCCACCUGCUGGCUCAACCCGGGGCUGAAUUGGCAAUGGCACUGGCGCCAACAAGUCUACUCUCGUGCCGGCACGGAAACCAUAUCAGCGCUACCAUACUUAUUUGGCCAACCUACAGUUUACACCUCGUCGUUGGAGGUAGCACGACAGGUCGUCUCGAUCAAGGGCCAGUUCUUCAAAGAAUAUAGUACAGUGUUGAUUACUUUAGUAUGGGGUCCCAACGUGUUCGCAGCCAAUGGAGAUGAUUGGAAAAGGCACAGACGGAUCAUCGCACCUGCGUUCUGCCCGGCAACGUACGUAGCCACUGCCUAA